UACGUGUAUAUAAUCUGCUCCUAUUAUAUUUCAUUUCAUUUCUCUUGAGUUAAAUCUUUUGAUAAUUCUUUCAAAAAAAAAAAAAAAAUAUGAAUAAUUUCCAAUAUAUAGUUUCAAUUAUUUAUUGUUUCCUUGACAACGGCCUCUUAUAAAUAUAUAUAAGAAAUUUUAAUUAGUAUGUAUAUUUUUCGAAAACGAAACCCAUUCGUUUGUACAAUCUUUCUUGUUCCAAUCGAUGAUUCAUCAACGAUCAUGACUUUUUAUGUUAAACUUUUCUUAGUUUUUACCGAAUUAGAGUAACAGUACUACUAUAUAGUGACCCAUUUUCUCUGGAAACAAACAGACCUUUAUUUCAUUUUUGAUUGGCGAUCGAGGAUUAUGGGAGUUGAAGAAGGCUCAGUAAUACUAGAUGAGGAGGGAUCAUCAUCAUCAGGGGUAAGGAGAAGAGGCUCAUGUUCGUGUUCAAAAGACGAUUUUCUCCCUGAGGAAUCGUUUAAGAGCUGGGGUAAUUAUGUAAAAGCAAUAAAAGAGACUCCGUACAGGUUAACGGAUCGGAUCAUGACCCGAUCCGUUGAUAGUACGGAGAUUGUGGAUAUGAAGGCUCGUAGCCAACAUGAGAUGAAGAAGACACUGAAUUGGUGGGACCUUAUGUGGUUUGGAAUGGGUGCGGUGAUUGGUGCCGGAAUAUUCGUUCUGACUGGGCUUGAGGCCAACGAGGUUGCCGGUCCCGCCGUGCUAUUAUCCUACGUUGUUUCGGGUGUCUCCGCCUUACUUUCUGUGUUUUGUUACACAGAGUUUGCUGUUGAGAUACCCGUUGCAGGUGGAUCAUUUGCCUAUCUAAGAGUAGAGUUAGGAGACUUCGUUGCCUUCAUAGCUGCAGGCAACAUCCUCCUCGAGUACAUAAUAGGCAAUGCAGCUGUGGCCCGAUCAUGGACAUCCUACUUUGCCACUCUAUGCAAUUACCAAGCUAAUGACUUUCGUAUCAAAGCUCAUGGUCUAACCGAAGAGUACAGCCACCUCGACCCCAUCGCAGUAGGAGUACUCGCCAUUAUUUGUGUCAUUGCAGUACUCAGUACCAAGGCCUCUUCUCGCCUAAACUAUGUCGCUUCAAUAGUUCACAUUAUAGUCAUCAUUUUCAUCAUCAUUGCCGGCCUUGCCAAUGCUAACACCUCUAAUUACACCCCAUUCGCGCCUCAUGGGCCGAGAGGUAUUUUUCAAGCCUCGGCUGUACUCUUCUUCGCUUACGUUGGAUUCGACGCUGUUUCAACCAUGGCUGAGGAGACCAAAAACCCUGGUCGUGACAUCCCCAUCGGGCUAGUUGGCUCAAUGGUUGUUACAACUAUUUUGUACUGUUUGUUAGCCUUGACUUUGUGCCUUAUGCAACCGUACUAUCAAAUUGAUAAGGAAGCACCCUUUUCGGUUGCGUUUGAGGCUGUAGGAAUGGGUUGGGCCAAGUAUGUGGUUGCUGCUGGAGCCUUAAAGGGAAUGACUAGUGUGUUGUUAGUUGGGGCAGUUGGUCAAGCUCGUUACUUAACACACAUUGCUAGGACCCAUAUGAUGCCACCAUGGUUGGCUCAAGUCAACGAAAAGACUGGGACACCUGUUAAUGCAACUAUUGUCAUGUUGGUAGCUACAGCUGUCUUUGCACUUUUUUCUGACCUUGAUAUCCUUUCUAAGCUUCUCUCAAUCUCCACUCUUUUCAUUUUUAGUCUUGUGGCUUUGGCUCUUAUCAUAAGACGGUACUAUGUGAGUGGUGUCACUAGUAAUGUUAAUAGAAGUAAGCUUAUGUUUUGUUUGGUCAUAAUUUUGGGCUCUUCAAUAGCUACAUCUGUAUAUUGGGCCAAUAGUGAUAGUAAGAUUGGGUAUAUGAUUACAUUACCCAUUUGGUUUUUAGGUACUUUUGGCCUUUGGGCUUCACUCCCUCAAGCCCGAAGACCCAAAAUAUGGGGUGUCCCAUUGGUGCCUUGGUUGCCCUCAGCUUCUAUUGGCAUAAAUAUGUUCCUUCUUGGGUCUAUUGAUAGAGCUUCCUUUAAAAGGUUUGGAUUGUGGACUGGGGCUAUUUUGGUCUACUACUUCUUGUUUGGAUUGCAUGCUUCUUAUGACACUGCUAAAGAAUUUGAGAAGAAACAGUCAGAAGAUGGGACUAAGUUGAGAAAAGUUGAAGAAGGGGAUGUGUCUUCAGCAGUUAAAGAUGAGUCUAGUGGUGCCAUUGGUUCUACUGUUCCUAAAAGUUAAGUUAGUUAGGUCUAUACAAUGUUUUUUUUUUUUUUGAAACAUAUAGAAUUUGCUUUUAAUGUUGUGAUUUAUAUAAUUAAUAAAAAAUGUUGUAAAGAGAGAUUCUCACCCCUGUUAUCAUUGAAAAUUGCAACAUUUGUGGAAAAAAUAACUAAUAUUAAA